ACUCCUUUUGUUCUUUCUUCAGCCAACGGGGGAUCUCACAAAGGGGGUAAACGGUUGUUGGGCGAAAUCUGGCAUUGGAGAAAGGAAGGAAAACUCUUGCUGUGUCAUUCGUCGUCCUUUUGGUAUUGCAAGUGCUAGUCCAUUGUGCUUCACCGUGCUCACAAAGCAGUGUCAAAACCGCCCAUACUCUGCUUUUGCGAUUCCCAAGAAUUGGUCAAGGGCCAACCUAAUUCCAAGAAAACCGUUUCUCUCAAACUCCAAGUUCGUUAGCCAGUCCGUGUGCUGUUGCACGCACUGCGUCAGUUGUUCUACAGUUCGGCUAUCCUCCGUUUGUCAAUAAGCCCUGGUUGUGUACCAUGUCUGCCUCAACUGCAUUGACGACAUGGCGGUUCCCUCCACGCCCAGGAGUUGGAGCCUCUGGGAGAAACAUCCAAGUGCGAGCAAACUUUUUCCCUGUCAUGACCCUUCCCGGGCAGAAUAUCCACCACUACGAUGUCAACAUUACUCCCGACGUCCCGCCAGCAAAGAAUAGGAGAAUUUAUCAGUUGUGGGAGGACGAACAGUUAUUGAGCGGGGCGUUGAACGGUAUCAGACCUGUGUUUGAUGGAAGAAAGAAUGUGUUUGCGGCUAAAGCGCUACCCAUUGCUCCGGGGGAAGUGGCGUUUAACAUUGAUUAUUUUGACGAUGACGAUAGUAAAAAGCGCGGGCCGAAAAAGUUCACAUUGAUCAUCAAAAAGGUUGGCGAAAUAAAUAUGCAGAAAUUGUCAGCCUUCCUCGAUGGGCGACUAGCUGACACGCCGAAUGACGCCAUUAUGGCUCUUGAUAUCCUCCUCCGUCACCGUCCUUCCCUUACUUACACCACAAUUGGAAGGUGCUUCUAUACGCCGGAUUCCGCUGCGAGUAUUGCCAAUGGUGCCCAGUUGUGGCAAGGGUUCCAUCAAAGUAUCAGGCCAACCCGGGGGCAGAUGCUAAUCAAUUUGGAUGUAUCUGCAACAGCCUUCUAUCAGCCUGGCCCUGUUAUUGAGAUGGUCGCCAAGAUUCUUGGUAGACACAGUGGCGCGGAUUUACGUGCACCACUAAGUGACCGGGACAGACUGAAGGUAGAAAAGGUGCUGAAAGGACUGAAGAUUGUCGUCACCCAUCGUGGACAGAUCCGCCGCAAAUUCCGAAUUACAAAGAUCACAUCCACCCCCGCUAACCGUACCAUGUUCUCCCUGGAGAGCACUGGUCUCGAAAACUCUGUUGCUGGAUAUUUCCAAGCCAAGUACAAUCACCAGCUGUACUUUCCUCACCUCCCCUGCCUUGUUGUUGGUGACCCAUCACGACAGGUAUUCCUACCAAUGGAGGUCUGUGACAUUGUGCCCGGUCAAAGACACUUGAGGAAAUUGAAUGAGCGCCAGACGGCGGAAAUGAUCAAGUUCACUUGCCAGCCACCUCACGUUCGAUCCAAUAAGAUUUCAGCCGGUAUUACCAUUCUUCAGCAAAGAGACAAUGAUUAUCUCCGCGAGUUUGGUGUGCAGAUUGGUCAUGAAAUGACAAUUGUCAAUGCACGUGUACUACCUGCUCCCGCUAUUUCUUACCACCCAGCUUCAAAAGAGCCCGUCAUCACUCCUCGGGAGGGAGCCUGGAACCUUCGCGACAAGAUGGUUGCUCAGGGUGUUACAGUUCGAUCCUGGUCUGUGAUUGCAUUUGGUCAGGAAACUGAUUACCCUGUCGCUGCCAUUCAAAAGUUUGUCACGCUUCUCGUGCAAACCUGCGAGGAGUGUGGUGUGUUCAUUCAGAAUCGCCAACCCCCAAUUUCCUACGCGAACCCCCUGGGCAAUGUGGAGAAGACUCUGAUUGAUGCUUACAUGUUAGCUGGAAAUUCCUUCCAGGAGCGUCCUCAGAUGGUUCUGUGCAUCUUGCCCAACACGGGUGUGCCACUUUACGCUGAGAUCAAACGGGUGUCUGACACCAUUAUUGGAGUCGCCACACAGUGUAUACAGGCUAAGCACAUGUUUGCGGCCAAAAGGCAAUACUGCGCGAAUGUAUGUUUGAAGAUGAAUGUUAAGCUGGGUGGUAUGAACAGUUACUUGUCAAAUACUCAACUGCCGUUCGUGAGUGAGCGGCCGACCAUUAUUCUUGGGGCAGAUGUUACGCAUCCGGCCCCUGGCUCUGCCUCCAACCAAUCGAUUGCGGCCCUUGUUGGAUCCAUGGAUGCACAAUGCUCACGGUUUGCCGCGGCGAUCCGUGUCCAGAAAGGACGUCAAGAAGUUAUCCAGGACCUCUCAGGCAUGGUGAUUGAGCUCCUCAAGACCUUUUACCAGACCUGCGGAGCCAAGCCAGAGCGUAUUGUCUUUUAUCGGGAUGGUGUAUCUGAGGGACAGUUUGCUGAAGUUUUGCGAUGCGAGGUAGAGGCUAUCCGAAGGGCCUGUGUCUCUCUCGAACCGACGUACAGACCGACUGUGACGUUUGUCGUUGUUCAAAAACGUCAUCAUGCAAGAUUUUUCCCGAUCCGAAAGGAGGACUCGGACCGGAGUGGAAAUGUCUUGCCAGGGACAGUGGUUGAAACGGGUGUGACGCAUCCCUCCGAAUUCGAUUUCUACCUCUGCUCGCAUCCGGGUCUCCAAGGGACGUCCAAACCCACUCACUACCACGUGCUGCAUGAUGAGAACCGAUUUUCCCCCGACGCGCUCCAAGAGCUUACUUACCGCCUCUGCUACCUGUACUGCCGUGCCACGCGAAGUGUUUCCGUAUGUCCACCCGCUUAUUACGCGCAUUUGGUUGCUGCUCGAGCGCGAUUCCACGCAACGGGCGAAGGAUGGAGUGAGAGUUCAAGUGAAGGAAGUGUGUCAAGCAAUGGGAGCGCCCAGACUGUACCGAAUGUGGCUGCUGUCCCUCUUGGUGGUAUGAUUGGUGUGCCGAAUGGUAAUGGGAUUCCUGUGGUGGCGCCAGCGGCGGCGGGGGUUGGUAAAAAGUGUGCUGUGAAGGAGGGUGCGGUGCGAAUGAUGAAUUACGGCGUUGUGAAGGAGGAGUUGACUAAAGUCAUGUAUUUCAUGUGAGAGUGGUUUGUCUUUAUUGCCAUGUGGUGGACUUCUGCGUACUACCUCUUGUUUGACGGCGUUGGGAUGAAAGGCGUAAGAGAAUUGGACAAUGGAAUAAAAAGUGUCGCUUUGGGACAAAAGAGGGGUUAGUUGUUGUUUGUUGACUUUGGAUUUUGUCUUGAGGAUGUUUUUUUUUGUUUUGUUUUGUAGCGAUACUUUUUAUAUGUUGUCAUCUAGUAUUGUUGUUUUUUUUUCUUGUAGCUUGCAUCCUAUGUUCCCUUUUGCGUUUGCGUUGUGUGGGCUUUAUAGUCUUGUUUAAUAUUUUUGCUGCGUGGGGUUCUUUUUUGAAUUUAUGAGAGGCGUGGGGUUUGGGUCCGGACGUUCUAUUUUAUGUCGCUGUCGUAUGGUAAGAGGUGAAUGGUAUCAGGAUUCCUAGUAUAACCAGGUAAACGGAAAAGAACGCAUUCCAUCCUUUUUUACAGUACACUGCCCAUGAAGAGCGUCCAUGUAGUUCUCUUUUAUAUUUUCCAAUUCAAACAUGAUCAUCCUAACCUAAUCACAGAUUUCUGGUCGGCACGUAACGGUUCGC